AUGCCGAAAAUAAAGGAUUACCUGUUACUUGCUUUAAUACCAAUAUACAUUACACCAACAUUAUCAGCAACGACAACUAUUUCUACUAGCAUUGUCUCUCAAGUGACAUCUACUGGAUCUUCUGCAGUUGCGGAAACGACUACCACUCCCAUUACUACCACUCAACCGACAUCUACUGGGUCUUCUACAGUAGAAGGAACGACCACUACUACCACUCAGGCGACAUCUACCGGGUCUUCUACAGUUGUAGGAACCACCAUCACUUCAGGUGGCUGUAAAAUUGAUGUUUUAUACGUCAUUGAACGACAGUAUGACACAAGAAACUACAUAGAUGACAUCAACGGCUUCUUUGCUAUACUCACCGAGGGACUUAAAAAUGCUACAUCGGAAAUGGAUCUGAAAGUUGGCUUCUUGACGUAUGAUUAUGACGUAGACCACGAGAGAGCUUUUACAAACAAUCUAACGCAGGUGAAACUCGAGAUUGAGAAUAUUCAAAAAUCGUAUUCUUCUUCUAAUUAUGCUAAAAAGGCACUAGAGUAUGCAUACUACGAGUUUGUGAAGCUACAGAAUGGAAAACGUUCUGAUGCUUACACAUACUACGUGUUGCUAAGUGCCGAAAUAAGCAGCAGUUAUCCGGCGGCGGGCGUAGGAUCACUCAUCAGAAUGUCCAAUAAAAACAGAUUGUUUGCAGUCGGUUGGCUACCCGGUUCUAGCUUGGAAAGUGAUCUGCUUGCCGCUGUCGGAGACAGUGAAAACUAUUUUGCUAUUUACAGUAUCAGCAACGACCUUUUCCCUAAAAGACAGGCACUUCUGGAAAAGAUCCUUACAUGUCCUUCCACCACAUCAACACCUGUAUUACCAAACUGUAAGCUUGAUGUGGCAUUCAUAGUGGACAACUCGCGUUACACAGACGCAAAGUACACAUCAACAUUUAUCACUGAAGUCUUAGAUGGUGUGGAUAUGUCUGCAGGCAAGGUACGAAUAGCAGUUGUAACAUAUACAUCAACAGCAGUGACCUUAUUUGAUCUAAACGCACACAACUCAUCUGAUGACCUUCGCCAGGCCGUGGAGAACAUGCCAGCAACUUCUUCUUAUUCCCAGUAUCUUAACGUUGGUUUGGAACAUGCACGUGAUAGUGUUUUCACCUCAGCCAAUGGAGACAGAGAUGAUGCAUGGAAUUAUUACGUUUUCACCGGAACUUCGUCCUCAAAUACAGAUUCAAUUGGCAGGGAUAUUCGAGCUCUGGGAAAUUCUUACCUGUUUGCUAUGGACAUUGGGACCACGUACGCUCCAGAAUGGAAAGCUACGAUAGAUACAUGUGGAGAUGACUCGAAGUAUAUCUAUAUCUCUGAUGAACAAAAUCUUCCAACCAUCAUAAGUAAUAUCACGUCUCUUAUAACGGCAUGUCCUCAGACUCCCAGCGGAACACCUGCGGCAGUGUCCCCUUUAUGUAAAAUAGACCUAGUAUUCCUCUUGGAUGACACCACUGGCAUGUCAGCCACGGAAUUUGAGGACCAGAAAUCCUUUGUCAUUGACUUGAUGAAGAGAAUCAAUAUUUCCGAUGAUGGUUUCAAAGUAGCUGUAAUGACCUACGGAGACGAUGGCUACAUGGUAUUCUCUCUGGACCGAUACAACACGUCAGCAGAUAUACAAACUGCUAUCCAGAAUAUUGCCCGGGCCAACAGUGUCUAUGGUCGAUCGUAUAGAUAUGCAGACAGAGCCAUAGAGUACGCGUCAGAGAAUGUAUUCUCAAAGAACAAUGGAGAUCGGAUUGAUGCAUUGGAUUACUAUGUCUUUCUGACUCACGGCUAUGAUUACGGUGAUAUAGAAGAUUACGUGCCUGUGCUGACGUCAGAUCCUAACAACGAAGUCUUCAUCUUAGUGAUAGAUUACUCCAGUACCAUGACUUACCGAUCAGCGGUGGACUCGGACCAUUUCUUCUCCUGGCCAUCCUUCACCAGUCUGACCUGCAAUAACCAAAACUUCCUGUCAAACUUCACCAACUGUCCAACGUCCACUCCUACUACUGUUAAUAUCACUACGCCGGAUUGCAAGUUAGACGUCCUAUUUAUAAUUGAAACAAGUUCUUCGUCGAAGGAUGAAAACUUCCUCUUCUUAAAAUACUUCUUUGCUAACCUCGCAUCUCAAAUAAACGUAUCACCAGAUACUGUCAGAAUCGCUGCUAUAACGUACAACAGCGACGAAACAACCAUUUUUCACCUUUCAACGUACUCUACUGCCACUGAGGUCGUUUAUGCACUUAAACAAAUUCCGGAUGAAAAGACUGUGUCAAGCAAUAACAUUGACAACGCCCUCGCUUAUGCCGAGACCAACAUCUUUACAACAGCCAACGGAGAUCGAGCUGAUGCCGACAACUUCUAUGUGUUUUCUGUUGAUGGCAGUCGCUCAGGAACGGCAACUCAGGGGCAACAGAUACGUCAGAAUCCGACCAAUCAUAUUUUUGCUAUAGACAUUAGAAGUGGCUCUUCAUCAGAAUGGAAGAAUACUGUUGGGGAUGAAGAAAAGUAUUUCUAUGCCUCCUCUUACUCCACACUUUCAUCUAUAGAAUCUGACGUUCUCACAGCCAUCACAACAUGCCAGAUAACAACAACAACUACACAAACAACAACCACCACACAGGUCAUUACAACGACACCUGAAGCUACCACGCCAACAGAGACAACUAGCACAACAACAACAGAGGCUACCAAACCAACAGAAUCAACUACCACGACAACAUCUCAGGCUACAGCAUCAACAGAGCCGACAACUACAACUCAGGCUCUUACAUCAACAGAGCCGAAAACUACGGCUCAGGCUACAACAUCAACACAGCCAACAACUUUGACAUCAUCCCAGGUUACCACUCCAACAGAAACAACAAUCACGACAACAUCUCAAGCUUCUAAAACAACACAGCCAACAACUACGACAACUUUUCAAGUAACAACAUCAACAACAACAAGUUCUCAGGGCACCACAACGGCAGAACUGAAAACCACGACUUCUCAAGUACCAAGAUCAACAGAUUCGACAAAGACAGAAACUCAAGGAACAACAGUAACAGAGCUAAAAACCACAUCUCAAGGCACAACAUCAUCAGAGUCAACAACUUUGACAUCACAAAUUACAACAUCAACAACACAAGAAACAACUUCAAUAGGGACAACAACUAAGACAACAUCUCAAGCUACCACAACAACACAGCCAAAAACUGUGACAACAUCCCAAGCUGUCACAUCAACAGUGCCAAUAUCAGUAUCUACUACUUCACUAUUAGAUACUACCACACAAUCAACAACUGGUUCGGCAUCUACAACAACAGUAGCUCAAACUACCACAAAGCCUCCACAAGCAAAAUGUGGGAAAAAAUCAAUGUCGUACACUGAUUUCAAUUCGCUUAAGUCUGGUGUAGACAAUGACGUUGAUAAAAUGUAUUUAUUGGCUGAUGCUACUUUCAUCAUGACUUGCUGCGGGCGGAUCUCAGAAUGGGAGAUCCACCACUCCGUUUCCGGUUAUCUAGAUUUAAUAGUCUGGAGACCGACAGCUGUUGGCAAAUACAAAAUUGUGGGAUUCAAUUCAAUUUUAGUCGACGGAGCCAAUACCACGAAUUUUUCUGUGUUAGAUAAUGAAAGAAUAGCUGUUAUAUCAGGAGAUUUGAUUGGAUGGCGCUGCAUCGCAGAAAAUGUAGUGACGUAUGGAAAUUGUGCAGGAUCCCCGUGGUGUCCGACCAAAACCCGGAAAGCUGUUGGCGUCGGUAAUCUGGCAGCUGGGAUUGAGUUUGACUGGGACAAAGACUCUACCACCCUGUCAGGCGUGGCUUAUGCUGUUAGAUUUACACUAGAAGACAAUACACCUAUCCAGUUCCCAUCACAGAACAUAAGUGUUAGGGAUCAUAUUGAGGCCGGUGGCUAUGUGGCGGAUCUACGUUUGGAGGGCGUGGACUAUAUGGAAGAUGUUACUUAUCAACUCCUACCUGAUGCAAUAGAUCCCAAUCAAACAUGGACAUAUUUCACAGUAAACUCUAAAGGAAGAGUGAGAACUACACGGCGCUUGAUUCAGUCUAGGAACUUAAACAUGUACCAUAUGACAGUAAAUGCUGAGGAUUCUUGUGAUAACAAGGCCACAAUAUUACUCGAGAUCACCACUCAAAACUGGCCUCCCUUCAUACAUUCCCUUCCCAACUCUAUUUCAAUUGAGGAGGACACGCCCCCAAAUAAAAUCAUUUACACGACCAAUGUCACCGACGCAUACGGUGACCCCGUGUGUUGCACUUUGUCCAACACUCACCCACAGACGUUCAACUUUAACGUGACGAAUGACCCUCCCGGCUCCAGCGUGUACCACGUGACGACCACCAGCAUAGCUAAAUUUGUGUACGAUGACUUUAAUUCAUAUCUGGUGUACAUGUGUUGUGAUGAUACUGAGGAUCGGGCCCAGGGAAUUCUGACAGUGAACAUCAAAAAACCAAUCAAAAAGACGGUGUACAAGCCACCACAAUGGUUUUUUACCUCCAUCAUUGCUGCGUUGGUGCCUAUUACCAUUAUCACCUGUUCCGGAUGUGGGCUAUUAUGCCACACUAUGUUUGCAACCUAAUAACUCAUGUAAAGCAACCACAAAAGUUUAUGUAGAAAUACCGCCCUGUAAUGCUCAAAAAGUGUUAUGGAGUCGUGUAACUGAGUAAAAUUGAUAAAUUAUAUAGAGAUUUCGAGUGACCAAAGAAAGU